CGCUUUCGCGUGUGUAUAUAUAUAUAUAUAAAGCACUUCCUCCUUGUAGAAGUCACUACCCAUUAUUUCCCUUCAUUGGUUUCAGUCUCUACAAUCGUAGAAUUGGGUUUUGCAUUCUUUUAGUGAGCUCUAGUGAACUGGGUUUCCCUCACAUUCUUUCAAAACAAGCUGGUUAAGAUUUCCCCCCGUUUUCUACUUCAGAAUGGCCAGUGCAAGAUUAAUCCAAUCGUUAAAUCUUCUAUUAUGUGCACUGCUAUUGCUCAAAACAGAAGGCGUUAAUGUAGGAAUUACUUAUGUCCAGGAUGCAGUAGCAAAAGGAGCUGUUUGUUUGGAUGGAAGUCCGCCAGCUUACCACUGGGAUAAGGGAUUUGGUGCAGGAAUUAAUAAUUGGUUGGUUCAUAUUGAGGGAGGUGGAUGGUGCAACAAUGUCACCGUUUGCCUUGCUCGCAAGAGCACUCGUUUGGGUUCAUCUAAGCUAAUGGCCAAGGACAUUGCUUUCUCUGGCCUUUUGAGUCAAUUUCAAAAGUUUAAUCCUGACUUUUACAACUGGAACAGAAUCAAGGUUAGGUACUGUGAUGGGGCAUCAUUUACAGGCGAUGUGGAAGCAGUCAAUCCAGCUACUAAUCUUCACUUCAGAGGAGCAAGGGUUUGGCUUGCUGUCAUUGAGGAUCUAUUAUCAAAAGGAAUGAGAAAUGCUGAAAAUGCUGUUCUCUCUGGUUGUUCGGCUGGUGGAUUGACUUCUAUUUUGCAUUGUGAUAGCUUCCGAGCUCUCGUUCCUAUUGGUACUAAGGUUAAAUGCCUGGCAGAUGCUGGUUACUUUAUUAACGCGAGGGAUGUUUCUGGAGCACAACACAUUGAAGCAUUCUAUAGUGAAGUGGUUGCAACGCAUAAUUCAGCAAAGAAUUUGCCUCUAUCUUGCACUUCAAAAUUGAGACCGGGGCUGUGUUUCUUUCCCCAAUACGUUGCACAGCAAAUCCAAACACCGAUAUUUUUGGUAAAUGCAGCCUAUGAUUCAUGGCAGAUAAAAAACAUUUUGGCACCAGGUGUUGCUGAUCCCCAUGGCCACUGGCAUAGCUGCAAACUUGAUAUAAACAACUGCUCGCCCAGUCAAAUCCAAACCAUGCAAGAUUUCAGGCUGCAAUUCUUAAGUGCAUUGAAUGGACUAGGCACCUCUUCAUCUAGAGGAUUAUUCAUAGACUCUUGCUAUGCCCACUGCCAAACCGAAACACAGGAGACAUGGUUAAGGACUGAUUCUCCAGUGCUGGGUAGAACAGUAAGAUGCACCUUUCUCUUCAUCACCUGUUCUUCAUUUUUUUUUUUUUUUUGGUCAUUAUUUAUGAUAACAUUUUUCUUAAUCUUCUUAUUUUGUUUCUGUUUUUCCCUUGUUGCUCUGCAGAAACUAAUCCCAUUUUUAUUUGAAAAUAUUCUGCAGACAAUUGCAAAGGCAGUUGGAGACUGGUUUUAUGACCGGAGUCCCUUCCAAAAGAUAGAUUGCCCUUACCCUUGCAACCCCACUUGCCAUAACCGUGUUUUCGAGCCAAAAGAACACCCAGAAUUAUAGAUUUAUUAUAUAUAUAUAUAUGAAUGAUAGUUAUUGGUAAAAUGAGCUUAAAGAAUUAAAAAGAAAAGACGAUUGUUGAUUGAUCAAGUCUUCGAAAUAAUCAAAGGCGCCACUUCACCAAACUUGUGUGCUGGGAGUCUUCCAUCAUUGUUUAUGUAUUAACUUAUUACUCUCACUAUAAUAAAUGCAUUCACUGUUGCUCUUA